CUCUGGCGCCUCACAGCUGGCGGAGCUCGCUGCGGCCGGAAGAAGACGUCGCGCUGCGGACCGGAGCCAUGGGGAAGCUUCAAGAGUUCGGCGUCAUCUUCACCAACAACAAAGUGGUUUACAGUCCCGGCGAGUCGAUCAGCGGAGUGGUGAAAAUAAGGACGGGCAACCCGCUGCAGUACAAAGCCAUCAAGGUUAACUGUCAGGGAUCAUGUGGCGUCUCCAACAAAAUGAACGAAACCUCUUGGAUCCUGGAAGAGCAGUACUUCAACAGCACAUUGUCUGUGGCUGACAAAGGAAUACUGGCAGCCGGUGAACACAGCUUUGCCUUCCAGUUUCUCAUCCCUGCAUCUACACCCACGUCCUUUGAAGGGCCCUAUGGGAAGAUCGUGUACCGCGUGAGAGCAGUCAUAGACACGCCUCGUUUCUCCAAGGACUACAAAGUCCAGAGGCCCUUCUACCUACUCAACGUCCUCAAUCUCAAUGACGUGCCCGACAUUGAGCGUCCCAAUUAUGCUGUGACCACAAAGAAGUUCAGCUACCUCCUGGUGAAGACGGGGACGCUAAUGCUAAAAGCUCACAGUGACCUGAGGGGAUACACUCCUGGUCAGGUCAUCAAAUUAUCCACGGAGAUCCACAAUAAAUCUGGCAGGGACACGGGCUUUGUGCUGGCCAGUCUUAUACAGAGAGUGACCUAUAAAACCAAACGGCCUGUGUAUGACCUCCGGACGGUAGCGGAGGUGGAGGGAGCCGGGGUGAAGGCAGGAAAACAUGCAGAAUGGAGGGAGCAGAUCAUUGUGCCUGCACUGCCUCAGUCCGCACUGGCUGGAUGCAGCCUCAUAGAGACCGAGUACUUCAUUCAGGUGUCGCUAAAAUCUCCGGAGGCAGUCGUUACUCUGCCCAUAUACAUCGGGAAUAUCGCUGUGAACUUGUCCCUAUUGAGGCCCAUGGCAUCAGUCUCAGAUCAGGCCACAUCCAUGACCAACCCAGGGGGGGUGACGCCCAGUGCCCCACCGGCGGAGGAAGACCUGGAGGGGGAGCUGUGUCCAGGGAGUCUAGCCAGGGAAGAGAUCUCCACCAAGAGUCACUCCCAACAGGACCAAACGGGUCACCCGCUCACCAUGUCGCCCAGUGCGUUCAACCACGCUCCAGGUUCAGCCUUACCUCCUGGCCACACACAGACGGCUGCCAGUGACUCCUCUGCUCCACUGUUCUGUGUGUCCACUGGUACAACCAUACCUUUCUUCACUGAGGGAAACACCACUCCUGUCCAUAUGUCCUGUUCCCUCAUCCUCCCUCCAGAAUACAGCAGCUGGGACUACCCACACGAGCCACCUCCAACUUAUGAGGAGAGCUGCAGCAGUGCCAGCUCCAGUCUGAACAGCAGACAGUAGAAGAAAAGUAAAUGAUGAAGCACGGCCACGCCCACCCACAACCCAUCUUCACUUGGAGGUUGAUACCCAUGGUUGACACCAAAGAUUGGUUCUUUGGUGGUAGCCCUUCAAAAGGAGAUCAUGUCCCAUUAUAGAAUAAUGGGAUUAAUAAUGAUAAUUUCAAUUUGACCAAAUAUCUCCUAAGGCAGUGUCAGAUAAAGUGGGUGAAAAAACAUUGUGCCUAAAAAGUAACACUCCACCAAACGUUAUAGCAAAUAAUGAAUUGUUGGAUUCACGUGUUUUGGUGGGUUGGGAUUCUUUGUUUGUAUUUUAAACAACUGUUGCAUCUGUGAUGCCGUUAAGUUAAUGAAGGCCUGCCAGAGGGUCACAUUUGUCAAGGCCAAAAGUUCGCCUUCACUGUAGUGUCGUUCCUAAUAUGCACCUCUUACUGUGAUCUACCGCUCUAGCUCUCAUUUCUCCCCCCUGUCACGAGCAGGGCAGGGCUCCCCCUUUGCUUGACGUUAAGACUUGUAUUCAGCUGCAGCCAUGGAUCCUGGUUUGUCUAAAGCCGAUCUCUGAGUAAAAGAUCUCGCGGGGCGUCCGGGUAGCAUAGCGGUCUAUUCAGUUGUCUACCAACACAGGGAUCGUCGGUUUGAAUCCCCGGGUGGGAAGCCGGAUGUGGGUAUGUGUCCUGGUCGCUGCACUAGCGCCUCCUCUGGUCGGUCGGGGCGCCUGUUCGGGGAGAGACUGGGGGGGAAUAACGUGAUCCUCUCGCGUGCUACGUCCCCCCGGCGAAACUCCUCACUGUCAGGUGAAAAGAAGCGGCUGGCGACUCCACAUGUAUCGGAGGAGGCAUGCGGUAGUCUGCAGCCAUCCCUGGGUUGGCAGAGUGGGUGGAGCAACGACCAGGACGGCUCAGAGAGUGGGGUAAUUGGCCGGAUACAAUUGGGGAGAAAAAGGGGGAAACACCCCCCCCCCAAAAAAAAGGUCUCUCAGCGAAACCUUUGGAUUUUGUAGUCAAAUACACUGGUAGAAAUACAGCAAGUAUGACAAAAAUGGCAGGCCUAUGACAACAAUAGCAAAAGAAACAACCAAAAAGGAGAGAAGACUAUACCAUCAACCCUGUUCAGAUAUGAUUCAUAUGCAUCACAUGCAUGUUAACAGUAUUGUAAACAAGUUAAUUGUAGAGGAGAGGCCAGAAUCCAAAUUAAUCAAAAGCACUUUAAAUUGCCUUGAUGCAUGCGCCAUAAUCCAGGUGGAAAAAAUCCCAGAAAAUUUAAAUCAGCUCAUCUGGACACCAAUUUUAGUGGGAAAACGUUGCAUCGCUCAUCUAAACUACUUAAAUACCUUAAAUUGUGUUUUAAAAGUAUUUUUCAAAAAAAUGAGGUUCGUGGUGUAGAAUUAACUUUUGUCCUACACUGCCACCUGGUGUCAGUUUUCACCACUUGCACGUUUAAUUUGCAAACCAAACUUUUCAUGCACGAUCAAGUUUUAAUUGCAGACUUAGGCUCCUAUUGCUGCAGCUGUAUAGCAGGACAUCAUUACCGGUGUAGUCCACAUCUGCCCCCAUGUGGUCAACACUGGAAUAACGUUCACAUAACCCUAAAAUUACAACUGGAACUUGCUCAGUUAUUUGAGGUAAUGGUCCCUGUUUGUGAUUCAACUACUGGGCUCUAGCUGGCUCUAAAGAGUUACAGUUCAUAUUCUGUCUUUUACUGCUGGAUGUUAAUGAGAUGGUCAAUUGAGAUCAGAUAUGUAUUGAGGACAUCUGAUGCAAAAAUGUCAUCUCGUCUUUUUUUUUAGGCCCAGGUGAGAUUGUAUGUCGGUGUAUGUUGCCUUAACUGAUUUCUAGUAUUAACAUUCGUGCGUUGAAGAGCCUCUGAAAUUGCAUUUAAAUUAGAUUAUCAACAUUUUACUGACUUUACCAUCGCAUAUGCACAUUAGCGUACUUUUGACUUUUGCUUAUUGUGGGUUCUGCAUAUGUAGUUUCAUGUGAACGUUUCAUUUGCACGUCUGCUUUGUGUGAUUAUACAUGUGUUUGGGGGGGAAUAACUGUCCCUUCGACCUCGAGUGGUUUAUCAUUCUGGACAGAUACCAAGUCCUCUGGUAAUCUGUUUCACUCUCACCCAACAUUUAUGAAUGAUUGUUACUCAGAGAUGUCUCAUUUCAUUGUCUGUAAUGGGAACUCGUGUUUUACCAUGUGCUAUAAUAUAAGGAUUGUAUGUCUUGUUUUGCCUUUGGUUCAGGCUUAAUUUGAAGGCCAAACUCAAAUUUGAUUUCUGGGGCAUCUGGGUGGUGCAGCGGUCUAUUCUGUUGCCUACCGACACGGGGAUCGCCGGUUCGAAUCCCCGUGUUACCUCCACCUUGGUCGGCCGUCCCUACAGACAGAAUUGGCCGUGUCUGCGGGUGCGAAGCUGGAUGUGGGUAGUCGCUGCACUAGCGCCUCCUUUGGUCGGUCGGGGCGCCUGUUCGGGGGGGAGGUGGAACUGGGGGGGGGGGAAUAGCAUGAUCCUCCCACGUGCUACGUCCCCCUGGCGAAACUCCUCACUGUCAGGUGAAAAGAAGCGGCUGGCGACUCCGCAUGUAUAGGAGGAGGCACGUGGUAGUCUGCAGCCCUCCCUGGAUCAGCAGAGGAGGUGGAGCAGCAAUUGGGACAGCCCAGAAGAGUGGGGUAAUUGGCCGGACACAACUGGGGAGGAAAGGCGGGGGGGGAUCCAAAAUUUUUUUUUGGUUUUUUGAAUUUCCAAGUGCUCAUAAAAAAAAAAAAUCAGGACUACACGGUGCUGGUGCUGGUGCUGGCUCCUGGCCUCAGAUCAUCUUGCCACAAGCACCUAAGCCACAACCGUUACAAGAUUUUGGCAGAUCACCUGCUUAUGCUGCGGUAAUCCUCAAAAUGUGUAUCCAGGCUUCUCAAAGUUAUUGUCAGUGCAUGCCUUAAACACUCCCACCUCCCUACAGGGUCUUGUGAUGGACUUACCUUUUCUUAUUGUUCAUAUUUCCUACUGCUGGGGUGGAAAUCAGGACUUUUGCAGAUUUUGUUUUGUUUUGUUUUCCUCUUUUCUGUGCCCUGGACUGUGCCAAGUGCACUUGCUGUAUAUACUAAUGUAGCUCCUUAAACACUGAACAUAACCCUCGGUAUUUCUCUACAACACAACAUAGAAAAUAAAAUCAAAAUGUGCAAUUCCCGUCAACGCCAAGACUGCUACGGCAGCUUGGUAUUCUCAAGCCGUUUCGUGCUGGUUGCCUUUAUCAACCCGCUUUCAGUUAGAUGACCCCUCACCAAAAGGUACUACAGCUUUAUACAUUUAAACAUGUUUUACGUAAGUGUUCUAUCUUUUCCCCUCGCAUUUGAUGAGUGGUGUGUGAUUUUGUAUUUUUCUACUUGUAAGCCGUUUACAGCUGUAGCAUAUACACAUGAAAUGAAUAGCAUCUUGGGUCAAUAAAUGUCACACUUCACCUUGCUGAGCAGAGUCAAAUCAAAGUUGUACAGUAUGAAAAUAAAACUAUCUGCCACGUCGCGUGC